AUGAGUUAUUCUGUAUAUUCAGGCAAAGUAUCAGUGAAGGAGGGAUAUUCAGUCACUUUACACACUGAUGUUGAAACAAACCAACAAGAAGAGAUUAGAUGGUAUUUAAAUGACGUCCGUAUCGCUGUAAUCAGUGGAGAUCUCAGUUUUAUCUGUACAGAUGUUCAGUGUAAUGAAGGUAAUGAGAGAUUCAGAGACAGACUGAAGCUGGAUCAUCAGACUGGAUCUCUGACCAUCACAAACACCAGAACCACAGACACUGGAGAAUAUAAACUACAGAUCAUCAGCAGCAGAUUCAGCAUCCAGAGGACUGUCAGUGUUACUGUCACUGGUGUUUCUGCUGCUGAACGAGAUGAAAUGAAGACAAAGUCAGUGAAGGAGGGAGAAUCUGUUACUUUAGACACUCAUGUAAUAAACAAACCAGACAAUUUAAUGUGGCAUGUAAUCACUGGAGAUCAGAGUAAAAUCUUUACAGAUAUUCAGUUUGAAGAUGCUGAUGGGAGAUUCGGAGACAGACUGAAGCUGGACAAUCAGACUGGAUCUCUGACCAUCACAGACACCAGAACCACAGACUCUGGACUUUAUCAACUACAGAUCACCAGCUACAGCUCAAUCCGCGUCACCAGUGUAAAGAGCUUCAGUGUUACUGUCACUGGUGAGUAUCAUUUAGUCAUUCAGUCAACUUUACCUUGAACAGUUUUACACUCCAGUUUGAAAUGUUUAAAUCAACACAGUAAUUGUUUUCAUGUUUUGAAAAAAAAAAAAGGAAAGAUUAAUAACUGAGGUAACCGAGAAAUAUCUGCGUCCACACAAAACCAGUGAAACCGACUGAAAACGGCGUAGCAUAAAUGGCAGAUCAGUAUGUGGCGCUGUAAUUUUGCCACAGAGAUACACUAAAAAUUAAGAAGAAGACUUGGAGCAUGCACAUAAACCUUGCACGCUGUAUACAAACCAUUGUUGUUGUUGCUCUUACGUGACGUAGCGGUGUCUGACUAUGGUCGACACGUGGGGUGAUGAUCAUAAUUUCAGAAAAUAUAUAGAUGGCCCCGUCCACACAAAAAGCAAAGACGGCGUUUUUAGAUUUAUCCACU